AUGGCAGUACAGUUGACGCCACUCAAAGCCUUCAAGUGCAGCUAUGAUGAUUGCUUCCACUCUUUCGACACUGAACGCGAGAUGAGGGCCCACCUCAAGGACAAGAAACGUCAUCCAUACUACUGUGGCAAGGAUCCUGGCUACGAGAGAAUUCAGAGGGGCUUUGUGAAGUGUGAUUUCCAUGGCAAGACCUGGGACGAGCUUCUUGCACACAAAGUCGAGACUAUGCUGCCAUGGAUCGUCGGUGAGCGCAGGUUUGAAAAACCAAAGAAGCUGAAUCACAUCGUUUGUGAGUUCUGUGGUGUGGAUUUUGAGAGUCUAUCUGGUAGAGAAAUUCAUCGCAAAAAGAUGCACCAAGCUGAUCAACAUAUUGUCUGCAAAGGCCAUCUCAUUGUUCGAGACGAAAAAGGCAAUGACCAUCGCGAAGGAUGUGGCUCUAUCUUCGGCCGCGCCAGUCAACUCAUCAGCCACAUCGAGGGAGGUUUCUGUGCAUACUUCAGGCCUUUGGCUCUUAGACAGGAGCGUGAACACAAGCGCAUGAUCAAAUUGAUCUUGGAUGAUCCCGAAAGCUUCAAGAGAAACAUGAGGGGCCUUCCUCACACGCCCGGACAGCCACUGCCCAGAGAAUUUGAUGACAUGAGUGGUGGUGUCAGCAUCGAGCUGCUCAGUCAAAGCGACCGCAGCCAAUUCAGUGGCCAGCCACCUUUGAGCCCCCAAUUGUCUUCAAAUGGAAGCCAAUCCGAAGACGAAUGGCCACAGACCCUCAGCACUGAUGUCAGUCAAUUGAGCAACUCAUUAGAGAGCAUCUCAAUCAGCUCCACAAACAGCCACUCAUCCUUUGUUUCCGCUGAGAGUAUCAGUGAGGACACUAUCAGUGUUUGUAGCAGCGCCGCAUUCACAGACACUGGCGAUGUUGAUAGCACUGCCCCCGCUACACCAGUCCAACCAUGGUCCAUUCCUAAUGUUCCCCAGAAGCUUUUCGGGCGUUACAAGGCCAAAGCUAUUGCCAACUGGGAUGCCAUCAAUGCUUCUCAUCAGCGCAACAAGGAAGAAGACGACAGAAACAACAUCUUCAUCUCACACUUUUGGGAUCCUUCCCACAGCGACUUCCAACCUGACUACUUUUACUGCCCAGACAUUACCAACGAUAACGCUCCCAACUACCAGUGUCCCUUUGACAGCUGCAAAAGACGUUUCGACAACCCUCAGGAAGUCGGCAAUCAUAUGCGCGAGUCGCAUGCUGCACAGCGCAAUCUAUGCCCAGUAUGUCUGAAGGACUUCCCCAAGCUCAGUCCUCUUGUUGCUCAUUUCGAAGCAAGCUCGUCUGGAGCAAAAUGCGAUGUGGCUCGUCGUGAAGGCUACAGUGACAUACUCGAGGAGAUGACCGGAGGUCUUAUUAAAGCCUACAAGACCUUGGACGAGCCUAUCAGUGGCUACAAGCUGGAGCCUGGUAGUGAUACUGCCCGCCCUGCACGUAGGUCUUCCAUCGAGGACAGCCAGUGGACACCAGCAGGAAACGGCGUCAAAGACUACGACUACAGAGCCGUAUCGCCCACCCGUGUCGAUAUCUGGAGACACUGA